GUCAGUCCCUGCUCCUCGUCCCGCCCCCGCCACUCCACGUGCAGGAGAGUGGGCGGCAGGAGUACUUCCGGGUGACGGAGGUCGGCCCCGGCAAGAUGGCGGCCCCCUUGGAGCUCAGCUGCUGGGGAGGUGGCUGGGGGCUCCCUUCGGUGCACAGCGAGUCCCUGGUGGUGAUGGCGUACGCCAAGUUUUCGGGCGCACCCUUGAAAGUCAAUGUCAUAGAUAACACCUGGAGAGGUCCAAGAGGCGAUGUACCAAUUUUGACGACUGAAGACAGCAUUGUUUCUCAGCCUGCAAAAAUACUAAACUUUUUAAGAAAACAGAAAUACAAUGCUGACUGUGAACUCUCAGCAAAACAAGGGGCAGACACCCUGGCUUACAUCGCCCUCCUGGAAGAGAAGCUUCUCCCUGCCGUGCUUCAUACUUUCUGGGUUGAGAAUGACAAUUACUUUACUGUGACAAAGCCAUGGUUUGCCUCCCGUAUCCCUUUCCCUCUGAGUUUAAUCCUGCCCGGAAGGAUGUCUAGAGGCGCACUGAAUAGGAUCCUCUUGACACGGGGAGAGCCGCCCCUCUAUCACAUCCAGGAAGUGGAAGCUCAGAUAUACAGAGAUGCCAAGGAGUGCCUCAACCUCCUGUCAAACAGAUUGGGAACAUCUCAGUUCUUCUUUGGUGACACGCCUUCCACCUUGGACGCCUAUGUGUUUGGUUUCCUGGCACCUCUUUAUAAAGUGCGUUUUCCCAAGGUUCACUUACAAGAGCAUCUGAAACAGCUCUCCAAUCUGUGCCGCCUGUGUGAUGACAUCCUGGGCAGCUACUUCAGACAUGGGCCCACGGGCAUCUCUCCAGCUGGACAAGAAAUGGUAGACGUGAACCUGCGGAAACUCACACAACUUGUAAAUAAGGAAUCCAACUUAAUUGAAAAGAUGGAUGACAAUCUCCGCCAGAGCCCUCAGCUUCUUCCUCGGAAGCUGCCAAUGCUCAAGCUGACUCCAGCAGAAGACGAGAAUAAUUCCUUACAGCGGCUGUCACCCUGACAGUCACAGCCUGUUGCAGCCAAAGUCUUAGGAUUGUUUGCAGUAGUCGCUUAUACUGAGUGCACGGAGACAAAAAGAAAACUGCCGUAAUAGGUCUAAGGAAGACUGUGAAACAGAAGGAGCUGAACGUGACUUUCUUUUUAAACUAGGGAAGCUUUUAUUUCAUCUUGGCAGUGCAUUUUGAAUG